AUGUAUUUCUUCCGGGCACUUCUUUCGCCAGUGGUUAUGUGGCCCGCCCUAGUGUCGGGGAAAUCUAACUCAAAUACCGCCAAUUACACCGUCGAAGAGCUCUGGGACCUCGAAGUUACAUUUUGGGAUAACUUUCUGUACCCCGCCAACGUCAAGCAGGUGGAGGCGAUCAACUCAACUUUGUUCACCACAGAAGUGCAAGGCCGAGUAGACAUCACCAGGGUGUUUAACGGCAGCGAGCUAAACACGGAAUAUAUCUUUGGACUGUUCUCUGACCCCAACCAUCUCAGUCUAGUGGGGGUGCCCAUUGCCUACAGCAUUACACAGUUCAUUGCAGAGAGGAAUAUUGCAUCUGCUACCACCGUUGUGACGUUCAAUGCCACCUCAUUUGGCAACCUGUUACUGCCCGUUACAAUUGAUACAUGGAUCAUGUGGGAUGCUGAUGGACGUAUCAUGCAAUAUGAUGCCACUUUUCGCUGGUUCGGCUUCCUGCUGGAUACUCUCGUGGAGGCAUUGGCGACGUCCAUCAACGGUACCGCCAGCCAGGCAACAGCUGCAUUAACUCAGCUACUUGCCACGACUGUUUGUGACACGCAUGAUAAGUACUGCACAGGGGAGAACCAGCAGUACGAUAACAGCACAGCCUGCUAUGACUUCCUAACUACAGCAAUCCCACUCGGCAAGGACUACGAACUGGGCCGAGACACCCUCCUAUGCCGGGAGGUGCACGAGCAUAUGGUGCAGUAUGACCCUAAGAUGCACUGUCCGCAUAUUGGACCCACUGGAGGGGAUUACUGCGUGAAUGAUCAGACGUAUGAACAAAAGGUUCUGCAGAAGUACUUCAAUGUGUCUUGGAUUGUGGGAGUACCCUGGACUGGGAAUAUAUGGUUGGGAGACUGA